AUGUUAGCAAGAACAGUAUUACGUAGAACAUUGCCCGCUAGUUUCAAGAUUUCUAAUUAUAUAACCCCAGUAUUGAUUAAACAAAAUACAAUUACUGAAAGUGUAAUCCAAAAGAGGACAUAUGCUAAAUCAUGGGAUGACAAAUAUGAAAAUGAAGAUGUAUCAGCACAUUUAAAGGUUCAGAAGUUAUUAGAUAAAAUUAAAAGUUCUGAAGAGGUCACUGAAAAAUUAAAUAAAGUACAGAAGAUUUUAAUAGAAAAAGGGUUAGUUCCAAAAGAUGGUCCGACAGACCUACAAGCUAAUCCGCUACAAAUUAUUAAAAUAUUCAUGAAUAAGGAGCUCAGAGAAUCCAUGUUGGAUUUAAGGAAAGCAAUGGAUAAGGCUGGGAUUGAAUUAGGCCAAGAUCAAAUCGGGCCAAUAAUGACAGUUCUCGGCAUGAAGAAUAAGAAUUAA